UGGAACAAUAAUUACUUCCCAUUUAGAAAGAGAAACCAAGCAAGUGCUAGGAAACCAUCUUUCAAAGAGAUUCUCUCUUUCUCUCUUUCUCUCUUUCUCUCUUUCUCAACCAUUCUUUUCCUCAAUUCUUCUUCCACUUCAUUCAUUUUCAUUAUUUCCAUUUUCUCCUUCCUCAAAACCCAAAAAUGGCGGAUAGAGUUUACCCAACCGCCAAACCAAACCCACCACCAGCAGCAUUAAACGGCGGUUCAACAGUUCCAAAUGGAACCAACAACGGUCCAGCUAAAACCGGUCAACUCUACAGCCCAAACCGGCCUCGUCCGGUUUACCGUCCUCAACAAAACCGGCACUCAAACCGGUCAUGUUCUUGUAGAAAAUGUUGCUGUCUUACAUUCAUCUAUACAUUAAUCGCAAUCCUCUCUCUCCUCUUACUCGCCGCCAUUGCCGCCUGCAUCUUCUACGUUCUUUACCACCCUAAACACCCAACUUUCUCGGUCUCUUCAAUCCGGAUCUCAAAAUUUAAUCUAACAUCUUCCGACUCGUCCGGGUUCACUCACCUCAACUCAAAACUCGACUUCACACUCACUGCCAAAAACCCAAACAAAAAGAAGAUCACAUUCGUUUAUUACCCCAUCUCAGUCGAGUUUUCCGGUGCGGGUGUCGACGCCGGUAACGCAACUCUUCCUGGUUUCACCCAUGUUGCUGGAAAUACAACCAUUCUAAAAGCUACUGUGUUGAGUGACCCGACUCGGGAUUUUGACUCGGAUACAGUGAGUCAACUCAGAUCAGAUCUAACAAAAAAGAGCGGAUUCCCUGUGUCGGCGGAGUUGAAUACUAUGGUGGAAGUGCAGAUGGGAAAGAUCAAAUCAAAGAAGAUUGGAAUCAGAGUAACUUGUGAUGGAAUCAAAGGAUUUCAGCCCAAAAAUGCUACCUCCAAGAUUCCUACUCCUGGAACGACGUCGGAUGCUAAGUGUAAGGUUGAUCUUAGGAUUAAGAUCUGGAAAUUUACUUUUUAAAUGUUUUUAUUUUUUUUUUUUGGGUUUGAUUACUUUUGUUGUCUGUUUAAUUACAGUAUUAUUACAAUUUUUUUGAUUUUAAAUAUAUAUAAAAGUUUCGAUCUAUAUAAAUCUGGGCUUGUAAACCUUUUUUUUUAAUUUAGUUUUUUGUUUGAUUUUUCUGAAUUCUUUCUCCCUAAAAUGGGCUGAGGAAAUUUGAAAUUUGUGACUAGCAAAAAUUUUAGAUUGAUAAUGAAUACCAGUAGUGAAAAUUUUAUUUACCUUUUCUUUUAGUGUUGAUUGUUGAAUAAUGUAGAAGGAAUAUUAUAAUUAUAUUUUAUUUUUAUUGCUA